AUGGCUGCACGGACAAUACAUGCUGAUGAUUUAUUGUGCUUUCUGUUUAACUUCAGAGUAGAAGCUGAAAAUUUGAAAGUGUUGGAAAACAUAAAACAACUCUACUCAGUCAAAGAAUUAGUUAAUUUAAAAAAAUCUUUAAUUAGUCAUGUUGAAAGCCUGCUGGAAAGUGAAAAAUUGAAACUUGUUCCUCAAGGUAACACAAAGGACGCCGAAAUACAGGAAAUAUUUCAAGACCUCUUACUCAUCAGCAACAUCAGUCUCCAUCAGCAAUUCAACAAGAAAAUCCUUUUUCAAUUGUCUCGAAAAAGAAACGUCAAAUUAAAAACAUUAGAGGAACCAACAGCACUGGCAUGUGUCCCAAAUCAGCGGGGGAAAUUGUUAAAAAAAGUUUACUUUGUAAGUAAUCUUGCUGACACAGUCAAUAAUGAAACUUUGACAGAAUACUUGAAAACAAAUAAAUUUAAAGUAAUCAGUUGUUUUGAGGCAAAGUCUCAUCUGGGAAAAGGCUUCAGAAUAUGUAUUGACAUCAAUAAUUCAGAUAGCAUUUUCACAGAUUCUGCUCUCUGGGAUGAGGACACAAUCAUUCGUGAGUGGGUCUUCAAACCAAAUAAUAAUAUUGACAAAAAGAAUAAAAAUGAAAUUAACAUUGAUGGUAAAAAUGAAAUAACUUUAAUAAAUAAACAAAAACAUGAUGAAUAA